AGUAGUAGGAAUCUGUAGAUUCACUAACUUUAGAUGUUGAAAUUCGGUUUGUUGCCAAUAGAUGUUUUGACGUUAAAAAGAGGGCAAAUGGCACUAUAAUUUAAAUAACAACAUUUCAAAUAAUCAAUAUCCAACUUAAAGGCAGCCCGAAUGGUUUGUAUUCAUCGUUACACUGCCAUACAAGCAAAGUUUUUAUAACCUUGAAUUCUACGAAAAUAAUGAUGACUUCAGACGAUGGAAUUUAUUCUAUGGAGCGAAAUGGCAGUAACGAAUCGGUUCAAGUUGUUGUGCGUUGUCGACCACUUAGCGAUAAAGAAAUCGAAUCGAAAUGUACGAGCGUAGUGAAAAUGUACCCCUCUCGAGGGGUAAUUGAAGUCGAAAACCCCAAAGCUAGAAGCGAUAACGAAAAAAAUAAAAUAUUCACCUACGAUUCCGUGUAUGAUGAAUGUUCUUCACAACAAAAUUUGUACGACGAAACUGUUAGACCGUUAGUAGCUUCCGUAAUGGAUGGUUACAACGGUUGUGUGUUCGCCUAUGGACAAACGGGAACCGGGAAGACUUACACAAUGGAAGGUUGCGAUGGGGACGAUAAAGGAAUUAUACCAAGAGCGUUCGAACAAAUCUGGUCGCACAUAGAUAGGAAAACUGGUGUAGAAUUUUUAGUUACUGUUAAAUAUUUAGAAAUUUAUAUGGAAGAAAUAAGAGAUUUACUGAAAAUCAAAAGUAACAAAACGCACGAAUUACGUGAAAUAAGCGGUCAAGGUGUUGUGGUUACGAAUCUUCAUUCGCAAACGUGUCAAAGCGCCAAAGAUAUGUUGAAAGCUAUGAGAUUAGGUAAUCAUAAUCGUACUACCGGUACUACGAACAUGAACGAACACAGUUCCCGAUCGCAUGCUAUAUUUCAAAUAGUGGUCGAAAUGGCCGAAGAACAUUCGAAAACAAUGAAAGUGGGGAAACUGAAUUUAGUUGAUUUGGCAGGAAGCGAGAGACAGUCUAAGACAGGGGCGACAGGAGAUAGACUCAAAGAAGCUACUAAAAUAAAUAAAGCGCUGUCUUCAUUAGGAAAUGUAAUAUACGCUUUGGCCGAAAAUUCCGCCCACAUCCCCUACAGAGAUUCGAAAUUGACGAGAUUUCUACAAGACUCCCUCGGAGGUAACAGCAAAACCAUAAUGAUCGCGAACAUCGGUCCGGCCAAUAUGAAUUACGAAGAAACAAUCGUUACUCUGAGAUACGCGUACAGGGCUAAAUCCAUCAAGAACACCCCUAUAAAGAACGAGGAUAUCAAAGACGGUCAACUGUUGGGGCUCCAACAAGAAAUCGAGAGAUUGAAACAAUUGAUAAUGGAGAAGAGUAAUGGGGAUUUCGAGGCGAAUUACCGAAAUGGCGACGACGUCGACGAAACCGAUACCGACGAAGAAGUCGACGCCGAAGAAAAAGAGAAAAAAUUGGAAUUGGGUAAAAUGGAAGUGGACGAAUUGGCGAAGAAAUUGAAAAAUUUGGAAAAGCAGAUGGUGCACGGUGGAAAAAAUAUCGUCGAUAGCGUUAACGAGAACGAGAUUAAACUCGAACAACAGAGGAGUCAAAUUGCCGCUAGAAAGAAAAGAGAAAUAGAAAUGCAACAAAAAUUGGAAUUGGAAGAAGAAACUUGCACCGAAUUGAAGCAGGUAUUCGCUAGUUUGCAACAACAAGUCGAUUUCAAAAGGGAAAAAUUGAAGAGAUUGAAUAAUAAAUUACAGUCCAUUAGACAGGAGAUUCGGGAUAAUCACGAGGUUUACGUUAAAGAUAGACAGGAAAUUGAGGAGGCUAAUGACGAAGCUGCCAUGAACUUGAGAAAAUUAUUUUUGAUCAUCGAUAACUUCGUACCAACCGAAGAACGAUCCAGAUUGAUCAAUUUAGCCCAGUUCGACGAAAACCUCGACAACUGGAUAUUGAAAAAAGAGAAAAUAAGAAUAAAUCCCGCCGACAGACCUUUUGCCCACAAUUACAGGCGACCCAUAUCCGACACGGCGAUACAAAUGAGCUCCAACUCACCCAAAUAUAGGGGUGAAAACGUAUUGGAUUUAAAAUUGGAUAUGCCCUUAAGGACUACACAAGAUUACGCCCCGCCUGGGAUUUGUCCCCAAAUAAAAUCCAUAGUGGCCGACGUCAUCAGAAAAGAAACGGAAAAUAAUCACGUGAUCGUGAAAAUGCCAUCGCAUUCGAUGGGAAGGACUCUAACCUCCAAAUUGGAACAGGAGGGAAAAUAUAAACAGGCUACAAAAGUGAUGGUCGAUAUGCAUAAUUAUAGGAACCGAUCUGCUGCGAAAUCUGCAAAAUCCGGGUUUUAAGAGAACCUUCUCCUCACAAGCCUUUUUUUUCGACUUUUUUGUGAUAUACAUUUGAUUUAACUGUUUACACAGUUUCUUUAGAGUCUUUUAUUUUUUUUAUAUAUUUUUUGGAAUAAUUUUACGUUAUUUUUUUAAAUAUAAUUAUACAUUUUAUUAUUUAUUUACACCAGUGAUAUGUUUCGAGUAUUAUUUUUGCUUGUUCUUUACAAAUAAUUAAAAAAUAAAUUAUU